AAAAACAGAACGGAAUUCCGUUUCGCGUAACCACUGCCACCGAUUCAGUGCCUCAUUCAUUUCUUUGCAUUUCAUUUUCUUUGGAAUCAUAAUUCCUCUUACUCUCCUCCAACUCCCUACAGUUCCUCCCUCUAUUUUAUCUUCCUUUUCCUUCAGUUACUAUUGCCUCAACUCUCUCUCUCUCUCUCUCUCUCUCUCUCUCUCUACGCAUUUUUCAGAUCGGUUUGACGGAACAUCCUCUGUGAUCGGUCGUUUUGGUUCCUCCUUAAAAAGCAUUACACUUUUAGAGGGUUUCAAUUGUGUUCAAGCUACUUCUUGCUGUCUUGAAGUUGAUGGCCAUGAAGGGUCAUCGCAUACAAUCUAAAUUCUUGAAGUAAAUGUGACUGCUGUGAGUGAGCUGAAUACACCAUAGGUAGGAUUCCCACCGGUUAUUUUACUACUUCAAAAGCAAUAUAAAAAGCGGAAGAUUAUUUCUUUUCGAGGAAAAUGUUGGGAGGCAACAAUGGUAAUCCUGUGCUUCCUGCUUUCCUGAAUGAGAACCGGUUCCAGUAUCAGACUAAUGCAUCGAAUCAGCUGCAGUUAUUUGGCAGUUUGCCAGCUGGAUGUAGUGUUGAUCCAGUAAAUUAUUUUGGGAAUGAGCAUAUUACUCCUAUUCUUCGGCCAAAUAAACGAGGCAGGGAAACGGAAGAUAUCUCAAGGCAGCAAAAACUUCAGAUAUCCUUGAAUUAUAAUGCUUGUCAAGAUGAAGCUGAUCGCUCGGCAAGCCUUCCAAACCCAAACAUGGUAUCAACAGGUUUAAGGCUAUCAUAUGAUGAUGAUGAACGCAACUCAUCUGUUACUUCUGCAAGUGGAAGUAUGACAGCUGCAUCUUCAAUCAUCUUGUCCCUUGGUGACAAUAUUACAACUGAGCUUGACCGGCAGAAAGAAGAGUUUAACCAGUUUAUUAAAAUUCAGGAGGAAUACUUGGCAAAAGGGGUGAGGGACAUGAAGCAGAGACACAUGGCUUCUUUCCUCGCUGCUAUAGAGAAAGGUGUGAGCAAAAAGCUACGUGAGAAAGACAUAGAAAUAGAGAACAUGAACCGUAAGAACAGAGAACUGGUAGAGAGAAUAAAGCAGGUAGCUACAGAAGCCCAGAAUUGGCACUAUAAAGCAAAGUACAAUGAAUCAGUUGUUAAUGUACUGAAGAGCAACCUCCAGCAGGCAAUUUCACAGGGCGCUGAGCUUGGGAAGGAAGGAUUUGGAGACAGUGAAGAUGAUGAUGCGGCUUCAUAUGUGGACCCAAACAACUACCUGAGCCUUCCAGUUGGCCCUGCAAAAUCAAUUUCCAGGAAUAACAUAGGCUUGAAGGAGCACAUGACUUGCAGAGCAUGCAAGGCAAAGGAGGUCUCCAUCUUGUUGAUGCCUUGUCGGCAUCUCUGUUUAUGCAAGGACUGUGAUGGGUUAAUUAGUGUUUGUCCUGUAUGCCAGUUGAUGAAAACUGCUAGUGUCCAAGUGUAUCUCUCCUAAAUUAUGGAGCAUGUCACCAUACAAAUGAAAAAAAAAAAAUCAUUUACUCUUGUUUCAUAUAUCUCCAAAAUUAUGAACUCGGGGGUAACUAAAUUAUCUUCAUGAAAAGAGCUCCUGUGA